CUGACAGCAGCCGGUGCGUGUUGUGACGGGGGGCAGUGUUGUAGCUGUAAUGUAGCUGGGAGCAGAGGCAGGUCGGUGUAUCUCCACACAAAGCAGCCUGCUCUACAGAUUCCUGGACACUAACUAACUCAUAUUGAGACUGCUGAGACUAGUCCACUCAGAAAAACAGAGAGAAAAGCCGGAGGAAGGUUGUGUUUGUUUUCCUGCAGAUUGAUAGAAGAUGUGUGCUGCUGUGUACGUCCUGUCAACGGUAACGGGCUAUGUGCUCACCUCUGCCCUGCUGCUGAAAUGCCCCACACUUUUGCACCGGAGGAAGCGAGAGACUUUCCUCGGCAGGCACAUUUCCCAUCGUGGAGGAGCAGGUGAAAACCUGGAAAACACCAUGGCAGCUUUCAAGCACGCGGUGGAUCUUGGCACUGACAUGUUGGAGUUAGACUGCCACCUGACGAAAGACGAACAGGUAGUGGUUUCGCAUGACGCCAACUUGCGGAGGUCCACCGGCAUCAACGCCUACAUCUCCGAUACGGCAUAUGCUGAGCUCCCUUCGUACCUCUGCAAGCUGGGUGUAACUUUUCAGAGGGAGUGUUUCUGUGAGGGGGGAGAAGACAAACGCAUCCCUCUCCUCAGGGACGUUUUUGAUGCAUUUCCUAAUACGCCUGUCAACAUCGACAUCAAGGUCAACAAUGACACACUCAUCAAAAAGGUCUCUGAGCUGGUGGUUAAGUACGACAGAGAGCAUCUGACUGUCUGGGGCAACUCCAGCAACCAGGUUGUAAAGAAGUGUUACCAAGAAAACCCUCGUAUUCCAGUCUUAUUCAGCCUUCCCAGAGUGUUGCAGCUGUUAGGCCUUUUCUACACUGGUCUCCUGCCGUUUGUUCCCCUCAAGGAGCAGUUUCUGGAGAUCCCUAUGCCCUCUAUUAUCAACAAACUUAAGGAUCCCAGCAGAUUAACAAGGAGUCAGCGAAUCAUCACCUGGCUGGCAGACACUUUGCUGAUGAGGAAAGCUUUGUUUGAGCAUCUAACUGCCCGGGGAAUACAGGUCUACAUUUGGGUGCUGAAUGACGAGGAGGACUUCAAGAGGGCGUUUGACUUGGGAGCCACGGGAGUUAUGACAGAUUUUCCCACCAGGCUUAAAGACUUCAUGGACAGGAAUGGCAUUUCUAAACCCCAGUGACCUGCCAAAAUCUACCUCAACCCUCCCCCCACGCCAGUGAUUAUCCUUCAACCUGACUUGACCUGCCAACAAAACCACCCCCCGCACCCCCUCCGCGCACCCACUUUCAUGCAUUCCAGCAGGGUUGCUGCUCUCGCACUGCGUAUUACAAUCGGUAGGGAUCUCCAUCACGUUCUGCAUCCUGCGCUGGUUUAAGGACACUCUCCUGUAUCUCCUUUUAAGUGGUGUUCUUUCUAGAUUCUUUGUCCCUCACGGCACACCUAUCAGUAUGACAGUGCUGCUUCAAAUAACACAAUCUCAUAAAAUGGCCAUUCAAAUAUAGUGUUUGCAAGUCUUAUCGGUCUUGAAUUUCACAAUAUUGACUUGUUUUAAAGUUUUACUGAUGUAAAAACAUUGAUUUCGCAGAAAAUAAUGUUUGCAGUAUUGCUGCAUUGGGCCAGUAAAAACACCAGCAGCUACAU